CCCCGGCCGGGCAGCCCCGCCCGUUCCCGGUGCGCUGCCGAUCGCGGUCCGGGCGGUUCCGCCGCCGCCGCCAUGGUGGGCCCGGGCCCGGCGCCGCUGGAGAACGCGAACCCGCUGAUCUACCGGCGCUCCGGGGAGCGGCCCGUCACCGCCCGCGACGAGGACGAGGAGCUGCCCGACGCCAUCGACGACCGCGAGAUCUUCGAUCUCAUCCGCUCCAUCAAUGACCCCGAGCACCCCCUCACCCUGGAAGAGCUCAACGUCGUGGAGCAAGUGCGAGUGAAAGUGAACGAUGCUGAGAGCACGGUGUCGGUGGAGUUCACCCCCACCAUCCCACACUGCAGCAUGGCCACCCUCAUCGGCCUCUCCAUAAAGGUCAAACUGCUUAGGUCUCUGCCUGAGAGGUUCAAGCUGGAUGUUCAUAUAACACCAGGAACACAUGUCUCUGAGCAUGCAGGAUGCUUUCACAAAGGCACUGUGCACCGCUGUCCUCACCGCUCUCUUGUCUCCUCUCCUUUCUCUGCACAGUUAAUAAACAGCUCGCCGAUAAAGAGCGUGUGGCAGCUGCUCUGGAGAACUCUCACCUCCUGGAAGUGGUGAAUCAGUGUUUGUCUGCUCGGUCAUAAUUGCCUGGUGAGGAAAUCACUGGCAUUCUGCUCUGUUAAAGUAAUUUUGUAUUUAAGUGAUGGUGUUACACUAUACAUGUAGCUAUGAGCAAAAUAAAAUCACUUGGAUUUUCUUGAGGAAA